AUGAGGGGCCAGAGACCGACCUGACCGCUGGGGAGCGGCUGGUGAGCGGCCACUGGUUGGUGAGGUUACGGGGGGUACAGGAUGCCGAGGUCCCGGCGCGACAAGAAAGUUUCUCUGACGAAAACAGCAAAGAAAGGAUUGGAAGUCAAACAGAACCUGAUUGAGGAGUUACGAAAAUGUGUGGACACCUACAAGCAUCUCUUCAUCUUUUCCAUCAAGAACAUGAGAAACAACAAACUGAAGGACAUCCGGAAUGCCUGGAAACACAGCCGGUUCUUCUUUGGCAAAAACAAAGUGAUGGCGUUGGCCUUGGGGAAGGGCCCGGCAGACGAGUACAAGGAGGGGUUACACAAGGUCAGUAAAGAGCUGAGUGGUGAAGUUGGCCUCUUGUUCACCAGUCGUACAAAGGAGGAGGUGAUUGAAUGGUUUGAUCAGUUCUCAGAAAACGAUUUUGCCAGAUCUGGAAACCAGGCCACCAUGGCAGUGACUCUGGAUGCCGGACCCCUGUCACAGUUUACACACUCCAUGGAGCCACAGCUGCGGCAACUCGGACUCCCAACCUCACUGAAGAAAGGUGUUGUGGUGUUAUUGUCUGACUAUGACGUGUGUAAAGCGGGAGAUAUUCUGACUGAACAGGCUCGUUUGCUGAAACUGCUGGGACUGGAAAUGGCUGAAUUCAAAGUGACAAUAAGCUGUAUGUGGAACUCGGAGACGGGGGUCUUUGAGAAACUGGCAGCGAUGGAUGAAAGUGAGAAAAGCAGUGAUAAGAUGGAGGAGGAAGAGAAGUGAUGACAGCACUGGCUUGGAACAUCAAAGCCUGAACUCAUGGACAAUAUGUAACUGAACCUUGGAUUUCUAAAUAAAGUGUAAAACU